CAAAGACCGGGAGGAGGCCAUCCACUCGCCGCUUUAAAAAUGGGAACAUGAAGACUUGGGACAUAGCAGCUACUUUGUGAUCUGGUUUGAGGCCAGAGUCACACAUCAAGGACAGAGCAGUUAGCUGCAAAAGUGAGUCUUGAAACAGGGAACACGGCGCCAGGGCUGCUGUGGAUGCAGCCAGGAUCCCGGAGACCGGGGCCGCGCUGAAGAAGGCGGCCAGCGGCCCUAUUCAGGAUUCGAGGUUUCAGGCCGGCAUUAAAGAAGAUUCCUGGGAGCGCCCGAGCGGCGCCGCGACUGAACAGCCCGAGGCGGCAGCGCCGAGAACACGGAAGGCAACAAACCAGAGACAGAGCGAGCGCCCGACCUGGCACACCACUGUUCCACGAUGGGUCGACUUGAUGGGAAAGUCAUCGUUCUGACGGCCGCUGCUCAGGGGAUUGGCCGGGCAGCUGCCUUGGCUUUUGCAAGAGAAGGUGCUAAAGUCAUAGCCACAGAUAUUAAUGAGUCCAAACUUCAGGAACUGGAAAAGUACCCAGGUAUUCAAACUCGUGUCCUUGAUGUGACAAAGAAGAAACAAAUUGAUCAGUUUGCCGAUGAAGUUGAGAGACUUGAUGUUCUCUUUAAUGUUGCUGGUUUUGUUCAUCAUGGAACUGUCCUGGACUGUGAGGAGAAAGACUGGGACUUCUCAAUGAACCUCAAUGUCCGCAGCAUGUACCUGAUGAUCAAGGCCUUCCUUCCUAAAAUGCUUGCUCAGAAAUCUGGCAACAUUAUCAACAUGUCCUCCGUGGCUUCCAGCAUCAAAGGAGUUGUGAACAGAUGUGUCUACAGCACAACCAAGGCAGCUGUGAUUGGCCUCACGAAGUCUGUGGCUGCAGACUUCAUUCAGCAGGGGAUCAGGUGCAACUGUGUGUGUCCGGGCACAGUUGAUACCCCAUCUCUGCAAGAAAGAAUCCAAGCCAGACAAAAUCCUGAUGAGGCACUGAAAGAUUUCCUGAAGAGACAGAAGACAGGAAGAUUUGCAACUGCAGAAGAAAUAGCCCUUCUCUGCGUGUAUUUGGCUUCUGAUGAAUCUGCCUAUGUAACAGGUAACCCUGUCAUCAUUGAUGGAGGCUGGAGCUUGUGAUUUCAGGAUCUCCUUGGUGGGAAGGAAGGCGGGCUCUUCCUCUCUACAGUGAACCUAGCUGUGAAGAAAACUCACGGAUCAUCUCUUUCCUAUUCAUGACAUCUUAAUGAAAACAACCCCUUUUUAAUAAUCACAUUGCUCAUGAGAGUCUGAUUCUUUAAAUAUAUUAAUCUUUUUCUGAUCUCUUCUGAAAUCAUUGUAAGUAAAUGAAAUAAAAAAUAUUAAA